ACUCUUGUAGCACGUGCUGUAGCGAAUGAGACUGGUGCAUUUUUCUUCUUGAUUAAUGGUCCUGAAAUCAUGUCAAAGAUGGCUGGUGAGUCUGAAAGUAAUUUAAGAAAAGCAUUUGAAGAAGCAGAGAAAAACAGUCCGGCUAUCAUUUUCAUUGAUGAAAUCGAUGCUAUUGCUCCAAAACGUGAAAAGACUAAUGGUGAAGUAGAACGUCGUGUCGUAUCUCAACUUCUUACGCUUAUGGACGGAAUGAAAGCACGAUCGAAUGUUGUCGUAAUGGCUGCCACAAAUCGCCCGAACAGUAUUGAUCCUGCUCUUCGACGAUUUGGUCGUUUCGAUCGUGAAAUUGAUAUUGGUAUUCCAGACCCUACUGGCCGUUUAGAAAUUCUACGUAUUCAUACAAAGAAUAUGAAGUUAGAUGAUGAUGUAGAUCUAGAACAGAUUGCGUUCGAAACUCAUGGUCAUGUUGGUUCUGACAUAGCUUCUCUUUGUUCUGAAGCCGCAAUGCAACAAAUUCGUGAAAAGAUGGAUUUAAUUGACUUAGAAGAUGACACAAUUGAUGCCGAA